AUGGAGCACCCACUUCCUCUCAACAUGUUGGACGACAUUGAUGCGUUCUUGGAGAUGGAGGCGCCUUACGGCUACGAAGAGGCAGAGCAAUAUCUGGACACUGCUAGCUCAUCCGAGAGCACAAGUCCCAUCAUAUCGAACCCCGCUUCAGAUCCGAAAGCCGCUGCCACCACCGCCAAACCUCCAGCGAAGAGGAAGCGUGAGAACAGAUACAAGAAUGCCCCGCCUUCCGUGCUUUCGCGCCGCCGAGCACAGAACAGAGCAUCACAACGGGCAUAUCGCGAGCGCAAGGACCAGCGCAUCAAGGACCUCGAGGUCAUGCUCUCCGAGCAGAAGCAAAAGAACGACUCCCUCAGCCAGGCCUACUCGGCAUUACACGCCGAGUACCUCAAGCUCCGGGGCGUUCAGGCGAGGGCACACCAGAUGCCGCGACAUCACCCGACGACCGCCGCACCGCCACCAAUGAUGUUUGAUCCGUCUGCCCACAUGGGCAUGCCGACUGCCCAUCCCGGAGCGAUGGAUUACGCCGACAACAUGUACAUGUUUCAGGACAUGCAGACUUACACCCUAUGA